GAAUUUUCUCACACACGUGGAGAGGGCGCGCGCACAAGCAACAAAAACAAACGGCAAGCAAAGCAAGCAAGAAGAACAACAGAGGAGAAAAACAAGACAUCACUUCCACAGACAAACAGAACCAUGUCCACGGCCCAGCGUUUGCACGAGGCGCUCGAGAGCUGCCUCAACCCCCACGAUGACGUGCGCAAGCAGGGCGAGGCGGCCCUUGACGCACUGUUUGAGCAAGACAUUGCCAGCGCCGCAAUCGCUCUCCUGCAGAUUAUCGAGUCAAGCUCCAACGAUGGCGUCCGGCAACUUGCCGCGCUGCUGUUCCGCCGCCACUGCUUCUCCAUGGUGCAAGUCAACUUCAACUUCUGGAGCGAAUGCAACCUCGAGACACGCGGUGCCAUCAAAGCCAAGCUGCUCGAGCUCCUUUCCAACUGGAGCGAGGACAACGAGAGCCUGAAGCACAAGGUGUGCGAGUGCGUUGCCGCUGUUGUGAAGGCGAUUGGCAUGGAGAUUUCCGAUCAGGCAGAGGAGGCAGGCCACGACAUUACAGACCUGAUGAUGCCGUGCGCUGACGAGUACUGGCCGGAGCUGCUGCCGACGCUGUGGGCCAUGGCCCAAUCCGGCAACGCAGACCACCUCGAGACAUCCCUCUUCAUCUUCAGCUGCAUCCCUGGUGUGUUUGGGACGAGCAUUGAGAAGUAUGCCGAGGCCAUCCGUGACCUCCUUGCAUCAAGCAUCAGCCACGACGACCUCAAGGUGCAAGUGUCUGCUGCGCUGGCCUUGAGCGGACUGCUCGGCCGCAUGGAGACGCAGAUUGCUCGCUACUUUGCAGACCUCCUCCCGCCAACCAUCAUGGUUGUUGCAAAGGCGCUUGAGGCGUCUCAGGUGUCUGCGGGCGAGAAGACGCUCAAGGCGCUGGUAGAGCUUACGGAGACGCAGCCAAAGCUCUUCAAGGCCCACAUUGUCGACAUUAUCAAGCUUAUGCUCAGCCUCACAAGCAACGGCGAGAUGGACGACGGCUGCCGGCGCCUGGCGCUGGAGGUGUGCGUCGGGCUGUGCGAGAGCGGCGGCAGCAUGAUGCGCAAGGUCCCAAACUUUGUCGACAACAUCUUCCCCGUCUGCCUCCAGCUGAUUAUGGAGGUUGAGGAGGACGACGAGUGGUCGAUGCAGGACGAGCCCAUCCAGAACGAGGACGAAAACUCAAUCUGCGGCGAGGACGCCCUCGACCGCAUUUCGCAGGCGCUUGGCGGGAAGCAAGUUGUUCCUGUUGCCUUUAGUCUGCUGCCGCCGCUGAUGGAGAGCGGCAACUGGCGCGAGCGCUACGCGGCCUGCCUCGCCAUCUCCUCCAUUGGCGAAGGCUGCUACAAGGUGAUGCGUGACAGCCUGGACGGCAUCCUCGAGAAGUGCCUGCCCCUCCUCGGCGACCAGAACAUGCGUGUGCAGUAUGCGGCCAUCAAUGCGAUUGGGCAGAUGGCGGUUGACUUUGCGCCGCGCACGCCCAAGGAGUACGGCGUGAGCUUUGCCGGCCGCUUCCACCAAGUCGUCAUCCCGGCAUUUGUCGAGUGCAUGAAGCAGGCAGACGGACACCCGCGCGUCCAGGCGCACGGCACGUUUGCGCUUGUGAACCUGAUGGACAACACGAAGCACUCUGACCUCGAGCCGUACACCGAGAUGCUCAUGCAGUGCAUCUCCGUCCUCCUCCAGUCACAGUUCAUGCUUGUGCAGGAGGCUGCGGUUGGCCUGCUGGCGACGGUGGCGGACGUGGCACAGGAGCGCUUCAAGGACUACUACAACGACUUUAUGCCGUUUAUGAAGAACAUUCUGCAGCACGCCAACGAAAAGCAGUACCGCAUGCUGCGCGGCAAGACGCUUGAGGCCGCCACCCUGAUGGGCGUGUCUGUUGGCAAGGACAUGUUUGCGCCGGAUGCACACGAGCUCAUGCGCAUUAUGCAAGCCAGCGCCGCCCAGAUUGAGGAGGACGACCCGCAAAUCUCAUACAUCCACACAAGCUUUGCGCGCAUCUGCCAGGUGCUUGGGGACGACUUCUACCCGUAUCUGGACACGGUGCUGCCGCCGCUGCUGCGGUCUGCGCGGCUUCCCUCGGGCAUUGUUGAGCUGGACGACGAGGAGGCUGUGGAGCACCUCCCCGACGGCGUCCAGGCCUGGGAGGUCCUCGCCAUCGACGACCAGCGGUUUGCGAUCAAGACGUCUGUGGUGGAGGAGAAGCGCGCUGCCAUUGAGAUGCUUGUGCUGUACAGCCAGCACCUCGGAGGCAAGUUUGCCCCGCUCGUUGAGGACGUGGCUGAGAUUGCCCUCAAGAACCUCGCCUACUACUUUGACGAAGGGAUUCGCAUUUCGUCCGCCAUCCUGCUGUCCUUCCUCAUCCACUCCUACAACGCCAACGAUGAGUUUGGUGCUGCCGCUGCGCUGAAGCUGUUCCAGCACAUGUAUCCGAAGCUGCUUGCCGAGACGCAGCGCGAGCCGUACCCAGAGGUCCUCUCCUCAAAGAUCAGCGGCAUCCACAUGUGCAUCACAGAGAUGGGCGAGGCUGCACUGCAGCCGGAGUUUCUCACGGAGGUCUCCGCCCUCGUCCUCAAACUCCUCGAGGACUACGACGAGCGUGCAAAGGAGCGGUAUGAGCAGCGGCAGCAGGACGAGGACCACGACGAAGAGGAGGAGGAGAACCUCUCUGAUGAGGAGGAGGCCGACUUUGAGGUGCUGAGCGAGGUGUGCACCCUGGUGCAGGUAAUUGUGCACAUUGGCGGGCUUGGCACGAAGCCAUUCUUUGACAGCGUUGCGCCUGCGAUUAUGAACCUGCUGAACGCGGGCCGCCCUACAGCAGACUACCGCUGCGCCGUCAGCACCUUUGCAGACGUCGUCGAGCAGUUCCAGCAGGAGGCCGUGCCGUAUCUGCAGCACGUGAGCCAGGCGUUUGUGCAGCACAUCACCUCGGAGGACUAUGAGCUGCGCGAGCUCGCGGCAUACGUCGUUGGCCUCAUGGCCCUUCACUCCGGCCCCGCCGUUGCUGAAGUCUGCAAGGCCGCUGUUGAGCCGCUGCUUGCUGUGAUCCAGGCGCCCGGCUCCCGCGAGUCGCCCAACACCAGUGCAACCGAGAACUGCAUCUCCGCCUUUGUCAAGAUUGCACGCAACCCAGCACACGGCCUCUCAGAAGACGAGAUGCUGACGCAUCUGCUUGACUGGCUGCCCAUCACGGAGGACGAUGAUGAGGCAAAGUACAUCUACACAUACCUCGUCGAGCUCCUCCAAGCGCAAGACCCACGCAACAUGCAGGAUUCGCCUGCCCACGGUGUGUUGGGGCAGUUGAUGCAGGACCCAGAGGUGCACGCCCGCGUGCAGCGCGCUGUUGAGGCGCUUGGCUCGUCCGCGUAGUCGCCAUUCUUGUGGUGUUGUCGUGUCGACUUGUGCAUCAGUUCGGAUCAUGGCUGAAUGCCUGCUGAUUCCUCUCUUCUUUCCCUUUCUUGUUCUCUUCUCUUCUCUUCUCUUGCUUGCUUAUGUCGCGCCUUGCUUGUGCUUGCCUGGUCUCUUCAUUGCAUGGCGCUGUGUUGUACAGCCAACCACACUUCUGGCGUGGUUGGCUGAUGUGUGCUGCUGAUGCUGCUGUAGUGUUGAUACCUGGCUUGGCACUAGGUGGUGCAGUUUAAUGUGCAGAAGGGGUUGGUGUUGUUUGGUUGGCUUGGCUCGUGCUGCGUGUGGUGGUGUGGUGUGUUGUUUGGGGACCUGCUGCUUUUCCUCAGUAAAUAGCUCGAUGAAGUGACA